UCACAAAACCUUCGUGGCAAUAGAUUUCACCUUCAAUUUAUAACGUCACAUCUUCAGCUACUGUUGCUGAAGCACACCAAAAGAUCGGCGUUCUAUUUCAAAGAUGAGGAUUUUGUUGUCAUGGCAACUGGUGAUUGUGUUGGCUCUUUUUCUGUUCGGCUUUGCUUCUUCAGAAUUAGAAUCGCCAGACGAUCGUGUAACUGAUCCCAUCCCAACCUCAAUUGACUCUCGAACCGCUUCAACGAAAAAACCGGCGCCGACUAAAAUGUUUUCCAUGCAGCACGAGUCCUUCUGUAUCAACAUUUACGAAAGUCAAGAAAUUAGUAACAAGAAAAAAGAAUAUUUCCACUCGCCGAUCACUCUCCUAGAGCACACCAAUGUUACUCCUCUUCAAAAUAAGCUCCAAGUCCGUUUUCACAUUUCAAAUUCAGAAGUCCUCAACAAAGUGUUAGAACGCCUCAACCUCAAGCUGCAGCUCAGUAAAAAAAUCGAGCUCAAUCAAGUGAAAGUCCUCCCUUACGACAGCGUCAGGCUGACCAGCAAAGUACAAUCUCCUGAUUUCUCAUUGAUUGAUGAGUGGAUUCUGUAUGACAAUCCACUUAGAUUUUCCUUGAUCUGCCCGACACGAGAAGAUUGCAAUCGAGUGAGGAAUCAAAUACUUGAUAACCCCAAAAAAUUUGAUCAUUUACGACUUGAAUUUAAGUCUCAAUUUAACGACGAUAUUUGUUCCAUUGGUAGUCAUGAAACAUCUCAAACAGUCAACAACAACGAUUUAUUCAUUAAUCUUCGAGACCAAUUUGAGGCACAAGUGACCAGCAUUAAGGAAGGUUUAUCGGAUAAAAUCCAAAACAUGGAAAGAAAUCUUGCAGAGACACGAAAUAAAUUGGAAAGCACUGAAGCAAAACUAAACGCAGCUAGCGAGUUGAUUAACAACGUCAAUGAUCUGACUACCAAAUUAAAUGCAAGUUUGGAAAGAAUCGUUCAAGACCAAAAAGCCGUAGAAGACAGUCUGAGAAAAGAACUGGGAGCAACCUCAGCAAAUUUCGACUCAACGAAAAUGAAGCAGGAUUUGGGAAACGCAAUUGAUGCCGUUGCUGAGUUGACAAAACAAUUAAAUGCCCGAACGAAUGAAAUAGUUGACAUUGGUAAAAUGCCAACUUCAUGUUCGGAUCUGCAGCGAAUUGGACAUAAACUGAACGGAUUUUUUAUGGUGAAAAGUGUGAGGAAGAUGGAAACAGUUUACUGCAACUUUUAUCCUAAUAACAAUUAUAUACAAAAAUGGAUCGGGUACGCCGAUGUCAAAUCGGAGCCCGUUUAUUUCUUCGUCAAGAGUAGUUCCAAGUUCGACACUAUCAACAGCCCGAUUCAGUUCAAAAUGCAGCGGGAGAACGAGGGAAAUGCCUUUAGUUUGGAAACAGGGAUAUUUACGGCACCACGACCGGGAAUUUAUUUCUUCUCUUUCAUAGGACUGGCGGAUUUUCUAACUUCUUCAUCUAAAGUUUUGCUAGGAGUUAGCCUUCAAUUGAACAGGGAUUUCAAGAGGGAUUCAGUGGGAAUGGCUUAUGUUGACGAUUUAAACACCACUGAUCGAAAAAAUACAGUGACCAUUCAGUCUACGCUGAAAUUAAAAAAAAACGAUCAAGUCUGGGUGGAGAUUACGUUCAUGGAAUCGUCAAGUCUAUUUGCCACCUAUUUUACCGGUUUUCUGCUGGAGGAGGAACUUUCCCCAUUUCUAAAUUGAGUGUUGAAUUGUUGAUCAUCCGACAUGCACAAAGCGAUCAUCGACUGUCAGAGGACAGGAAAACGAAUUUUUCAUUGGACUAUAUACAAUAGGGAAUGGAAGGAAUAUGAUGAAUUUUCCAUUUGAUUAAUAGAUGGAAAUUUCGCUUGAAAAUUUGACUGCUUAUGCAAAUGGCCUAACUGAAUACAAUAGAUUAACAACGUU